UACAUACAAAAUAACCGAAAUGGAAGCAUAUCCAAACGCGGCCUCCAUGCUGAGAAACAGAACCAUAAUACCUCCUCCUCCACCAUUGCUUGCCCUCAGUGCAAGGCUUCCGUCACCCUCACCGUCACAGUCAGUCACCGUUACUGUCGCCCUCCGUUACCCUCUCGGAACCCACACAAUCGUGUUCUGGAACUCCGAAACCCUCGCUCCGCAGUUUUUCUCUCUUCUCCAAUUCUCACACUCUUCAAACCACGACGCUCUCCAAGUGCUUCUCUCACAUUGGGCCCACCGUCCCAAUUCCGGACCCGCCCGGAUCCGAACCCGAGCCCGAACUCGAUUCCCCUCUCGUGGUGGUAUCCUUCUACAAAUUCGCGGAUUUUCCUGACCAUGCUCUCAUGCGAAACCACAAAAUUUGUAAAAUGUCGUCAACCGCUGCUCUAUAUCUUAUACUUUCUUCUCACUUUGUAAUAUAAGCAAAGUUUAAAAUGACAACUUUUACUUCACUGUCAUCCCAAAUCCGAACCACAAAAUUUAAGCUUCCGUUAAUGCAAUGGCUCAACUCUGUCAAAACCAUUGAUCAUCUAAAACAAACCCAUGCUCUUUUUCUCAAACUCCUCCCUCAACAACCACCCCAUCAUUUUUAUCAAUACAUGGGUCGUUUGUUAUAUCGAGUUCUCCAAUUACACGGUGAAGACGCCAAUCUUUGCUAUGCCCACCAACUGUUUGACACAAUGCCAAAUUGUUCCAAUGGCUUCCUUUGGACCUCCCUCAUUCGUGCAUUCCUAUCCCAUCGUGCCCAUCUUCACCAUUGCAUUUCUACCUAUGCUAGAAUGCAUCAAAACGGGAUUUUGCCUUCCGUGCUCACCUUCUCUUCAGUACUUAGCGCGUGUGGACGAGUCUGGGCUUUGUUUGAAGGAUUACAAGUGCAUGCCAGAGUGGUGCAGUCCGGGUUUCUUGGAAACAAGAUUGUGCAAACUGCACUCCUUGACAUGUAUGGAAAAUCUGGCUGUAUAAGUGAUGCACGCAACGUGUUUGAUAGGAUGGAUGACAAGGAUGUUGUUGCUUGGACGGCGAUGAUUUGUGGGUAUGCUAAAGUAGGAAUGAUGGUUGAUGCACGGUGGCUCUUUGAUAACAUGGGAGAACGCAAUUGUUUUACUUGGACUACCAUGGUUGNUGGAUAUGCAAAUUGUGAAGACAUGAAAGCUGCUAAGGAAUUGNAUGAUUUAAUGAGUGACAAGAAUGAGAUCACUUGGUUUUCAAUGAUAGCAGGUUAUGGUAAGUUAGGUAACGUGGAGGAAGCAAGAAGAGUAUUUGAUGGAAUACCUGCGCUGCAGUCUGCAUCUGCUUGUGCAGCGAUGCUUGCUUGUUAUGCACAAAAUGGAUACACAAAGGAAGCCAUUUACAUGUACAAGAAAAUGAGAGAAGAAGGGAUCAAAAUCACUGAGGUAGCAAUGGUGGGGGCUAUGUCAGCUUGUGCACAACUGAGGGACAUUAGAAUGUCAAACACU